UAUGUCCAAAACAGCCCGCUAGCCCUGAGGUGGCAGGAACGGAUGUUCUGCUGCCCUGCCCUACGUGUGUCUUCCAUUACUUAUUUAUGAGGGUUUGUGUUACUCAGAGUUAGAACCUGACAAGCCAGGGCAUGUGAAGUAUUUGUGUUCAUGUGUGUUGUUUCUGACGCCGCAUGACGUUGCCCAGUCUGGUUUGGCCAGUUUUCUGAGGAAGGAGACAGAAAGCAGGCGGCAGCAGAAAAAAAGGAUCCAGAGAGUUUUUCCCCUCUUACUUCACUGCUGCACUUUUUAAUCUUUUCACAUCAGCGUCGACAGACUGGGUGUGUGUGAGCAACGUUUAGGCCUCAGUGAGAAGUUCUGUUUGCCCGGACCGCAGCAGCAGCAGGAUGAACUGGUCUGGACUGGAGAGUCUGGUGAGCGGAGUCAAUAAAUACUCCACGGCCUUCGGGAGGAUCUGGUUGUCCAUGGUGUUCGUCUUCCGUGUGCUGGUGUUCGUGGUGGCGGCGCAGAGAGUGUGGGGAGAUGAAAACAAGGACUUUGUGUGCAACACCAAGCAGCCUGGCUGCACCAACGUCUGCUAUGACCACAUCUUCCCCAUCUCCCACAUCCGCCUGUGGGCGCUGCAGCUGAUCUUCGUCACCUGUCCAUCUCUGAUGGUGAUCGCUCACGUUAAAUACCGCGAGGGCAAGGACAGGAAGUACGUGGAGGUGCACCAGGGCUCCCACCUGUACGCCAACCCCGGCAAGAAGAGAGGCGGUCUGUGGUGGACCUAUCUGCUGAGCCUGAUCUUUAAAGCUGGGUUUGACUCCUCGUUUCUCUAUAUUCUGUAUCGGAUCUAUCACGGAUACAACCUCGACAGGCUUUCCAAGUGUUCCCUGUCACCAUGUCCCAACACCGUCGACUGCUUCAUCAGCCGCCCAACAGAGAAGAAGAUCUUCAUGGUCUUCAUGGUGGUGACCAGUGCGGUCUGCAUCCUGAUGUGCAUCCUGGAGAUGAUUUAUCUGAUCGGAAAGCGCAUCUCCAAAAUGAAAAACGUUCGAAAUGAGAACCAGAGGCUUGUGUUUGCUGACCAGCAUGAGUUAACCACCAUGGCGCCCCCCAGGUCCCAGUACCGCAGGGUGGAUCCGACCCUCACAGAGAGCCAGCUGAGUCUAAACAAGAGGGAGAAGACCAAGGAACGACAAAAAACUACCGUGCUGUAGGUUCAGACUGGAGUAACGGCUGCUCCUAAACUUUAAGGGUUCUCCUUUGAGAUCACCUGCUGCUUCUCAGGACAGCGAGGUUCUGGACCAGGAACGACAUUUAGACCGGCCAGGGCUGUACAGCGUACCUAGAUUCAUGGCUUUGCUUGUUGAGUGUAAUAACUGUCAGCCUGACAGGAAGACUGCAGCUGGUGCUCCGUCCAGUUUUAAUUUCUUUACCCAGUCAGACGGGGAAAGGUUUGCUGCCACAGAGACAGAGAGAAGCUGCCUACCUGACCUCCUGACCUCCUGACCUCCUGACCUCCUGACCUCCUGACCUCCUGAUCUAAGCUUCCAGAGACACAAAGCGCUGCACCAGCCCCAUUUCACCCGUCAGGAACCAGGAGAAAACCAGGUGGAACAAAACGGUUUUACCUUGGGUCCGCAUCCAGCAGGGCCAUUCCACAGGAACCACAGACCCAAAGCUCCGGUUCCCCCCAGGUUCUAGCCUUGCACAGGGAACCACCAGGAGGUUCUGGGCCUGGGGUGAAAGCUGUGAGGAGCCUUCAGCUGACCCAAAUAACCAGCAGAACCCCGCCGGUACCGUCAGCUCUCCUGCUGCCUGGGCUCCAUCACCGUUCCCUGAAUACGGCAGGAGGUCCUGAUCCAGAGCAAGUCCUGAUGGACAUUACUCCUGAAGUCCUGUGAAGGAGAACCAGAGGAUGAUUAUUAAUUAGACACUGAUUAAUAUAGUUGUUUCUAGAGAAAAGGCGUGGUUUAUCUAUUGCUGAAUGGGUAUUUUAAGGAGGACAGCCCUGGGUCCAUCAGGUCCAGGACCACCAUGAUGGUGGAGGAGGACGCUGGCCUGACCCAGAGGGUCUCCUUGGUCUGACCGUAUAUCUGGUGCUCAUAGUUCAGGACUAAUGUGUUUAAAUGCUGGUUUACAUUUCUGCUGCAGUCACUCAAUCAGUUCAGCCUCGGCUGAAAUAAGCAGUUUAUGACAAAAUAUGGUUUUGUAAUAAUGCGUCUCUAAAUAUAUUUCAAUCUACCACAAAAACUGUUCUCAGAGCUUGAUGUGUCACAUGUAUAUAUUGCAAGGUGCGUUUUUAUUUAGUACAACUGGAGGCCAGCCGGCAUGUUUCACAUUAGUGGAGAAUUAGAGGUGCAGAGAUGUUAAAGGUCCGCUUUCAUCUCCAUCAAACUGCUAUUUCUCACAACAUUCUUCGUUAAUGUGCGCCAACUGUUUGUCUUUCUGUUCAAACUUCAUUAAAUUUAUCUCUGCUGGAAAA